CACUUUCACUUUACAGUUACGCUUCCAUUUAACGAUGGAGGAGGAAUUUUUCUCCGCAGAAGAACCCGAAUUGGGUGGCCACGAUUUUGUGUUUGUAGAUGAGUUGUCUGUCGGCCAAAUUUGCCCAAUCUGUCUUUUGGCAAUGUGCAAUCCCGUACAGACGGUUUGUGGCCAUCGCUUUUGCGAAAGCUGUCUAUUGGGGACAUUUAGGUACUUCCGUUUAUUACAUCUUUGUAAAUAGCUAGCUUCAGUUUAAUUUGAAGCCUAUUUGUCGAACGCUAGUGUGUAUAUACACCGCUGACAUAAACGAGGGACCAAGAAUACUCGGAGGCUGAAUAUUUCCGUCAAAGAUAUGCAACUAUUUAUGCACAAAUAACUCACGCUUUGUAUUUUUGCACUUCAGGGAAGGAGUUGGCCGGGUUUGUCCUCAAGAUAGGACUUCUAUUCCUGAAGAUGGGGGGGGUGAGUAAAUCGAUGUUGGAAACGUAGCCUUGAGUACUUUCGUAGCACAUAUAUAUUGGCCGUCUUGUUUCGUCGUAGAUGACGACCUUAGUCGCGAAUUCUUAGAACCACUAUCAUCUCAGCGUAACGUGAAAACUCCUUAACUUCGAGCUAAUGGAAAGUUUGGGUUACAGUAUUCAGUAAAUUAGUCAGUUCUACCUUCUCCUUACGAUCGAGGAAUACUAGAGGAGACAAGGUAAGGCAGUAAGCUCUAGAGAAGAGGCUACGGAGAACUGGAGAAUAUUGGCAGGAGUAAAAUAGUAACAAAGUUAAAUGCAAGUUGCGGAGACGACGACGUACGUCAUGUUUAUUCAAGGCCCCCUUUUCUGUCGCCGAAAUUAACAUGCUUGACUUGCAGCACUCAAAUGAUUGACACUUCAAGGAUUUAAUCGACCCAGCAUGAUAAAAAAUUCCAAAGGGCUGUGUCUUUCAUGUUUUUAAGACUAUACUUAAUAACGUCAUCGUUUAUCCUGCAUGUUCCACAGUAUUUUCGUGACGUGGCGUGGGAGAGGGAUAUACUUUCUCUACGAGUCAAAUGCAAGAAGAGUGCGAGAGGAUGUGAUUGGAUCGAAAUGCUCCGUUACUAUGAGGUGAUUCACUGUUAGAUCAAGGGAAGUUUUAUACCAUACGAAACAUCUGUUAACUUCUUUUGUCCUAUCUCAGAUCUCAUCUCGACGUAGCAAGAAGCACUGUUUAAUGGCACGAAAUAAGACACUCGAUCUAAGACAACUCGAUCCACAUUAUAAACUAGACUUUUACUUCCUUUAGUCAAAGAUUUAUUUAAAACCAAAAAUGUAAAGAAUAAAAAAGACACUUCACACCCCGAAUCAAGAAUGGCAGAUAUUGAGUUAUUUUUUUAAUGUGACGAAGAAACGCAAAAAGGGUUCUCUCACCUCAGUAUGUCACAGAGUUCAAUUGAGGGGUAUUUCAGAUUGACGUUUCUGAUAAGAUGCUAGAACAUAAAAUAAAUGCUGUUUCUUCCACUCACCUACAGGAUCACGUUCAGUUGUGUGAAUAUGAAGAUGUUUUUUGCGAUGAUUGUAACGAAGAGUUGCAAAGAAGGUCCCUAAACAAGCACCAAACUGCAGAAUGUCACAACAGGAUUGUGCAAUGUGAACACUGCGCAGUAGAGUUUGCCUUCAGGCUUACAGAGGUGAGGCUGUACUGUCUGUGGAAUUAACUUUUUAACAAACCUAAGAGAUUUAACAGAAUUUUUACACCUGUGACCUAUCGUGUUCCUGAUUGGUUAAUGACAAAUGGAUAGCUUUUUAUAAUAAAGUUCGGAUAUAACGCGCGCUGUCAUUGGUUGAAAGAGCAUGCUCUAUAACAGUACAAAACAUAGAACUGAGCUAAAGCUGUCACGCCAUCUGCAAAAUUGUACCUCACUUUUUCUCAGAGGGUACGGUAACGAAUCCUGCAAUCUGACUGGUUCUUAAUGCAAUCUGGAUUUUCCCACCUCUGCUCAAAUUAUUAUUAAAAAUUAAACACAGCUAACACUGCUUGCUUUGCAACAUAACAGAGCACAGUUAAGGCUUCUUUCUAAGUUUCGAAUUCCGUACUUUACUAGAUCGAAAUAAAGACAAUGUCAUAUCAAAUAUUUCGAGGAAUAUUCAGCUUCCUUUUUCUGUCACAAUCAUAAUUUUUGAAUAGCCAAUUUUCCUUUUCGAACCUGGUUUCAUGAAAGUCUUUCAACUGAAAGGAGAGUGAGGAGAUGCUAGGGCUAAAGGUUCCUAAAGGGCUGGGGACAAAAACUUUCCAAGUAUUAAUUUCCAUAUUUUUUCCAAUUUACUAUGUCGUAUUUUCAUGUGCGGUUGCGGGUUAACGAUCAUUUGCAUGAAAGUAGAAUUUAAUGGAAAUUAUGACGAGGAGAAAUGCCUUUUGAUAAUAUUCAUCUGCACGACAUUGAAGUUGUAUUUCUCCUGAAAUCUACAGAGUCAUGAAGAUGAAUGCUUGCGUUGGCCGCUCGAUUGUCCUCAGGAAUGUGGAGUACUCGGGAUACCUCGAGAAGAGGUAGAGUUGUUUUUCACGAUACAAGUGUUCAUUGUAAAUAAAUUAAUAAUUUCUUCUUAUACAUUUAGGUAAAUAUGUCCUAAAUGUCCGUUUAGUUAAAACUAUCUUUUUUGUUUUUCUGUUUUUAAACGUUUGGCGUAGAUAUGCUUCAUUUAAACUGUUACAGUCGGUGAUUACCGAACAUUAUUUCUAUUAAUGCUGCUAUUAUUAUUAUCAUAAUUGGUAAUAUUACUAUUAUCAUCAUCAUUAUUAACAUUAUUGUGUUCUUACUAUCAUAAAUGGAAUAAGAUGAGAGACGCAGUUAAACAGGUAUAUGGCAGGGCGGUACAUGUAUCGUGAAGGCAUGGGUCCAAGACUCGGCCAAGCCUGACUUAUUUUCAGUGUUGGGGAUUCGUUUUCUGCAUUUACUUCAAGAUUGCUUUCUACCGUCUAUUCACGUCUCCUUCUUUGUUGAACUCGAUAUGGGACAAUCCAAAACUUUGAAAUACUAACCAACGUUCCGAAUCUCAAUUUUUCAUACAAACCUUAUGGAAAAGAUUCUUUACUCCAAAAAGCUAUCACAACUCUGGCUGAAUUAUUGGAUCCAUAGAUCCAUACAUAACUUUAAAAAAAAAUCCAAAAAUGAUUUGCGAUUCAAGAUUCGUAGUAAAUCCACACUAAUUUUCAACAGUCGUGGAAGAUGUUUUGCUUGCGUCAGCAUUCAAUUACAGUUAGAGAUUUACCGCUCUGCCGCUAACUUGCCGCUAUUUAACAUGCCAGAGGAGCGUGAGAAAUAAAGCAAGGAUGUAAAGUAGGAUGUUCUGCCGUAAAUUUAAAGGUGUGGAAUGCUAAAGUGAAGUGAACGGGAAAGUGUAUUCUACACUUUGGCAGACGAAAGAUUUACCAUGGAGCAUUACUCUGAUAGAGAAUUUCGUUACCAGACCAUUUUUCACUUUCUUGUUAAUAUCAUGGUAUUCCUGCCAACGCGAGGACUAUGAAAAGGAGGCUUAGUUAGAACGGAUUGCGAAGGAGUAAUCAAUUGUGUUCUGAUUAAGGUUCCAGCCGGGAUUCACUCCACAAUCGCAAGACCAGAAAAAGCCCCCGAAUUCCUCAUGGCUAAAAACUUGAUCAUGUAAACUAAAUAACAAAAACAACUACAGAUUUGCGACCUUCUAUUUCAGGUGGAGUCCCACGUAAUGGAUGAUUGUAUUAUGACAUUGGUCCCGUGUCCUUAUGAGAAAGCAGGAUGCAACUUUUAUGUAAGUAAGGUAGAUGAAGAUGUCUUCAUAAAGUCUCGCUAUUUCAGGUGGAGCUACUUUACCGAUGGCAGGAAGAUACCAGUCUGUAUAAAUGAUAGAGAGCACUUGAAUCAUCGCUGUUGGCCGGGUUUGAAUUCGCACCUUUAGAACUAAUCCGUGUCACAAGGUUUCAAGCUAAAAAACACGAUGUCAUAACUAGAUUGUAAUUUUUUUGCUGUUGUUUUGCCUGCAAUCUUUUGUAUUUAUCCUUUAUUGGCCCUUAUUCUAUGAACCGAGCAGCUUUUCAGUGGCAUGCGAUCCAAUCGAGGCUGUUUGUGAAAAAGAUCAUAGCUUUGGUAGAAUAAGAGUAUCAUUGCAAACAUUUUAAGGUAGUUAUGAUUUGUAAAAGUAGAUUGUUUUAUUAUUGUGUAAUUAUAGUUUUUUUGGCAGCACUAUAUAUCAAAUGUAUAGGAAAAACCUAUCAACGUAAUUUGUAUUGUUAUACAAUCUUUAAUUUAUAGGACAAGAGGAACAAUCUAAACGCCCACGUUGCUGCGUCAUGUGAGGAACAUCUGCGCAAAACGUGGUCCAAGCUGCUUCAGACAACAGAAAGGGUAAAUGAGUUGGAGCAAGUGGAACUUCACAUGCAAGCCGAUAUAGAUUCCGUGAAAAAGUCACUGGAGGAGGCCAAAGGAGACGUUGAACAACUUAAGCUGUCAGAGGCAGAGAGAAAACUUGAAAAUCUGCAAUUGAAAAAAGAUGUGCUUGAGCUGCAAAAGAAGCUUAAAGAAUUGCAUCGGGUUUUUAAGAGAAGGGAAGUGUCCGAUAGCGACACUGAAAAAGAUUUGACGAAUGAAGAAACAACUAAAUCGAAAGGCCAAUGUAAAUCUGAUUACUGCACAUCACUAUCUUAUCGUGACCUUUCAUACUCGUAAGUAUUUGAAUUUAUUACUUAUAAGUCUAAUUUCAGAAGCAAUAUACACAUGUAAAUUUUAAAAAUGCUGAAAUCUAACCCCUAAGUUAUUUUUGUCAUAGCUUACCAUUCAGUAUUAUACCAUCCACAGGAGUUUUUUCAACACAUAGUAGGGAAGCUAUAACUGCGGGCACGUUCAAAUGAUUUGCUCAGAUCCUUCUGAGCCUCCCAAUAAGUUAUGAAAAGAACUUUGAAAUGGCUGGCAUGCUAUCCCUUCGUAGAACGUAGUUCUAUCUAAACGCUGCCCAGCUCUUUCUUCAACAACUUUCAGAAAACCUAUAUAACUAAUGAAAUAUGCGAAAGCAAAGCAAACACAAGGUACGCAGGGCUUUUUUUUUAUUGUAAUGUUUCAUGUUAUUGUCUUUUCAGGAAACAAGGGCGUGGUAAAAGAGCACUCGGAAAAGUUCCAAGUCCACAUUAGUGUUAAACUUACUGUUACAUUUUGCUUUAUUUACUUAGAUAGAAUAUUAAUUUUACCUUACCAUCAAGACACUUUCUUCUAAUCUAAUAGCAUUUUCUAGUUCUCCAAAAGAUAAGUUUUUUUUUCUGCCAAAUAAUACAGACAUCCACGAGGAUGGCUACCUUAACGUUGUCACUCCAUGUAUAAUUUGGAUAUAGGGCACAAAAUAAAGGUCC